UCAAUGCCUCAUGUGAGUGCCUGUCAGAAAUUUUCUUCAGCAUUCCUGUAUUACUUCAACCCUUCUGAGAGCAAAUUUUCUAUCCACAGGUAGGAUAAUUUGUUUAUCGGGUGCUACCGAAACCGAAACUUGCCCGUAAGCUCUUGUUGUCUACUACAACUUAACAUUGAGCUAGCUUGUCCAUCCAGAUGAACCAGGAUUACGACUAUCUACUCAAACUCUUGCUGAUCGGUGAUUCAGGAGUGGGGAAAUCAUGCUUGUUGUUAAGGUUUGCUGACGAAACGUUUAACGAGACGUACAUUAGCACUAUCGGUGUGGAUUUCAAAAUACGGACCUUAGAAAUAAAUGGUAAAGUUGUGAAACUACAAAUUUGGGAUACUGCUGGUCAGGAACGUUUUCGAACAAUUACUUCCUCAUACUACCGUGGUGCACAGGGAAUUAUGAUUGUGUAUGACAUAACAGAUAAGUCAACAUUUGAUCACGUCGAAAAUUGGCUUCUUGAAAUCGGUUCCAAUGCUAAAGAUCAAAUUAGUCGUAUUUUAAUCGGUAACAAAUGUGAUUUAAACGAUCGACGUGCUGUCAAGUAUGAAGAUGCUCAAGCUUAUUCCGAAAAACAUAAUAUGGAUUUCCUAGAAACGAGUGCCAAGAAUGCCACUAAUGUUGAACAAGCCUUCAUUAAAAUGGCUAACGUAAUUCUAAAAAAUGAACCACCAGUACAAAAUAUGUUGUCUUCCACUGUACCUGUUAAUAGUACUCAACCUGUUAAAAAAAGUGGAGGUUGCUGUUAAAUAUUUUUUGACAAUCUUAAAUCUAUCCAUCCAUAAUGGUUUAUUCCCAUGUGAUUGUGCGCUUAUCACAAAAACUAUUCAUCUUUCAUAUUGUCCUUCCUUCAUAACUGAACUUGUGAUACUAUUUUGUGUCUGAUUGUAUUUGUAUUCAGGUGUUUUGUUGAUCCUGUUCCAGUCGAAUUUUUUCGGUGUAUUUUAGUUUCAUUUUAGAAAGAAAACACUAUCUUUAUCAUCUGAGGCUCGAUCUAUUACCAGCAGCAAUAUGAGACUGCACUCGUUUUUUUUCCGAAAACUUACAUCUUUCAAAAGCUCUUGUUUUCGUUGACAAACAAAAAAAUGAUCUAUGUACCAUAUCUAUUUGUUCGAUUUUUCAGCGGCAUUAAUAAAAGUAAUCUUAUUUAUUUAGUGGGUUUCAUUAACUACCUGCGAUAAAUCUUUUUAUUCCUCCUUUUAUGUGUUGCGAUUUUAUCAUAAUUACAGUGGUUUUAUUGUUUAGAUGUAUGUAUUUGGUCAUCUUUUUCGGACCAAAAAAGAAAUUUAGAUUUGAAGAUGGUGAAUACUUAAACUCUGGUUCAUCUCGGCGUACUAACUGGAAGCUGUGGUUCUGAAAUGCACCUUGUUUAUCUAGACAUCGUUAAUAUUUAAGGUGACUAAAUAAAUACUCAACC